UUUAUUCCGAAAGCAAAUUGACUCAGUGAGCGAGUCAUGGAGGAAUACUCAGUUGAUGAUCCAACUCAGUUGCUCCAAGCAGCUUCUGACUUCGCAUACUUUUCUGGUGUUCAAAACGAUGAUUCGGCGAAGAAUUUCCUCGAUCGCUUUCCUCUUCCAGUCGUAAUUAAUGCUUUGCAAACCAAAGCAGAUGUGCCUGGUCUAGAAAACACGUUGGUUGCUUGUUUGGAAAGGAUAUUCCAGACAAAAUAUGGUGCCUACCUAAUCCCACAAUACAUGCCUUUUGUACAAGUUGGUCUUAAGGCGGAUUCUCAAAUAGUCAGAUGUCUAGCUUGUAAAACGGUUACAUACCUUCUGGAACAUUUGAAUGAAGAAACUUCUGCUGUACAGCUUAUAAGUGACUAUGAUGUAUACCCACUUUUGCUUGAUUGCCUCGUAAAUGGCAAUGAGCAAGUGGCUACUGCAUCAAUGGAUGCAAUUAAAAAGUUAGCUGGUUUUCCCCAAGGAAUGGAAAUUAUCUUCCCAACUAACAGCAAAGAAGAAACACAUCUUGGAGAAUUAUCAACCCGAUGUUCCUCUUUGGGACGGGUCCGAGUAUUGGCUUUGAUGGUGAAAUUAUUCUCUGUCUCAAGUUCUGUGGCAUCAAUAAUCUACAAGUUGAAUCUACUCAGACUUUUCGAGGAGGAAAUCAACAAUACAAAUGAUACCCUUGUAACGUUGAAUGUUUUGGAGCUCCUAUAUGAGUUGUCAGAAAUUCAGCAUGGUAGAGAGUUUCUGUCAGGAAACAGCCUUUUGCAACUUCUUAGUUCUAUAAUCAGCAACAAAGCAAUGGAGCCAAUUUUAAGAUCACGAGCAAUGAUGAUCAGCGGAAGACUUUUGCACGACAGCUACAUGUUUGUUGAUGAAUCAAGUACUAGAACAGUAAUAGCAGCAAUAGAUAGAAUACUUGAUUCAUCAGAAACUCGAGAUAUGGAUGAAUGUGAAUCGGCUCUUGAGGCGCUUGGUCAAAUAGGGUCUUCAAUUCAAGGAGCGCAAUUGCUAUUGUCAAGUUCACCACCUUCUGCAAGGCACAUUAUUAAUGCUGCCUUUGAUCGGCAAGGGCGUGGUAAACAACUUGCAGCUUUGCAUGCCCUUGGCAACAUCUCUGGAGAAACUCACCCUGAGAACAACAUGAUACUGGAUAACCAUUCUGAAGAAAACCUGAGGCGAUUAAUUUUUGAAACCGCCUCCAAGACUUCAAAGCUAACACCAUCUGGCCUAAUUCUGUCACUUCUUCAGCAAGCUUCAGAAAUUCGUUUGGCGGGUUAUAGAAUGAUUACUGGGCUGGUGGCUCGCCCAUGGUUCCUGAUGGAGAUAUGCUCAAAACAAGAGAUUAUAAAUAUAGUGACUGAUGCAAAUACUGAAACCACAAAAAUAGGUAUGGAAGCUAGAUAUAAUUGUUGCAAGGCGAUCCAAAAGGCUCUUAUGUCCUCAAGUAAAGUUACCAGUGAUGCUUCUCUUGCUGCUAUAGCUGAAAAGGUACACAAAGCAGUGAAAAUGGGUCCAUAUCUUGCUAGAAAGCUUGAAGCUCAACCUGUAGUGAUGACCGCUGAGAGAUUUUGAAGUUAUUGUACUGAUUUGUCUUCGACAUUGUAUGGUGUACGUAAGCUCAUGAAAUCUCACAGUUUGAUAUAAAAGCUACUUUGGAAUUCUAAGGGUAGUUUGGACAUUUUAUGUCCCAAACAAUGACUUUAGGGCACCUAUAAGGUAUUUUCUAAAAAAGAGCAUGUUUUGACAUA